AUGCGGCAGAACAGCACUUUGUCAGCAGCGGCGCCGGCGCCGAGCGCAACCGCGAGUCCUGCUGGCCCCGCCCACUGCGACGUCAGCAGCUGGACCGCCUCCGUCCUCAUGCCGGCCGUCUACUCGCUGGUGUUCUGCGUGGGCUUGCCGGCCAACGCGCUGGCGCUGCUUGUGCUCUGCAGGAAGGGCGGCCGGCUGAAGGCGGCCAUGAAGGUGUACCUGCUCAACCUGGCUGUGGCCGACGGGCUCUUCUGCCUCACGCUGCCCCUCUGGGUGCCCUACUACAGCCUGGGGGCCCACUGGCCCUUCCUGGACGUGCCCUGCCGCCUCGCCGGCUCCCUCUACUACGUCUCCACGUACUGCUCCGUGUGCUUCAUGACCCUGAUCAGCGUGAACCGCUACCGCACGCUGACCGCCACCCGGCACCUCUUGCCCAUGCUGCGGAGGAAGGGUGCCGCCUCGGUCUCCGCGCUCACGUGGUUCGCGUGGCUGGCGUGUGCCGUGCCGUCCCUGUCCGCGCCGCAGCUGCGACUCGACUCCGGUCUCGCGCGCUGCUUCCAGGACGUGGAGCCCCGCAUGGCGCUGGCCGCCUGCGGCUUCUCGGCCGUCUCCUUCCUGACCGUGUUCUUCUGCUACGUGUCCAUCCUGGCGUCCCUGGGAGUGCGACCGCCGCGCCAGGGGCUGCACCGUCGCCGGGCCAAGGCCGUGGUGCUGGGCAUGCUGCUGGUCUUCCUGGGCUGCGUGCUGCCUUACCACGGUACGCUGCUCCUGUGGGCCCUGCAGCGGUCCGAGCCCCGCUGCCCGUCUCCUGCCCACCACAUCACGACCGCGCUGCUGAGCGCCAGCAGCGCCGUCAACCCGCUCGUCUACUGCUUCUCCCUGCCGCAGUUUCGCUCUGCGCUGCGCGCCGUCCCCCUGCUGCAGGGCAUGCUGGGAGGACACUCCCUGCCGCCGCCCCCCGCCAACCUCCUGCAGAAGUCGAAAGGGAGCUCGAGGAGCACCCAGACCUAG